UCAAGUACCCAUUUGUAAUCAAUCAAAAAUCCCCAAUGGAGAAUGUAGCAAGAAAGCUUAGUGAUGAAUAUGAAGUUACUACCAUCUUAGGAAGAGGCGGAUUUUCAAUCGUACGAAAAGGUAUUAAGAAGUCAAAGAGUGAUAUUGAAGACGGUGAAAAGGAAGUCGCAAUCAAGACCUUGAAAAGAGUUAGUGGUGGUGGUGGCGGCGGUGCUCUUGGGAUGGCGCGUUUUCCAAGCCGUAACCAUGGUAUGAUAACGGAUGCAUUGCUAGCAAACGAGAUCAUGGUGAUGAAAAGAGUGGUGGAGGAGGUGUCUCCUCACUGUAACGUCAUCCAAUUACAUGAUGUUUGUGAGGACGCUACUGGGGUCCAUCUUGUUCUCGAACUAUGUUCCGGUGGAGAGCUGUUUGACCGCAUAGUCAGUCAAGAAAGGUACUCUGAGGCGGAAGCCGCCAAAGUGGUGCAACAAAUUGCUAGCGGUCUAGCAGCACUCCACCGGGCCAAUGUGAUUCAUAGGGAUUUGAAGCCCGAAAAUUGUCUUUUUCUUAGUAAAAGUAAAGAUUCACCUUUGAAAAUUAUGGACUUUGGGCUGAGUUCAGUGGAGGAGUUUACAGAUCCAGUUGUGGGCCUUUUUGGGUCCAUUGAUUAUGUGUCACCAGAAGCAUUAUCCCAACAGAAGAUUACUUCCAAAUCUGAUAUGUGGGCUUUGGGUGUCAUUUUAUAUAUUCUCCUCUCAGGGUAUCCGCCUUUUAGUGCCCAAUCGCAUCUUCAAAAACAACAAAUGAUAAUGAAUGGGAACUUUAGCUUCUAUGACAAAACAUGGAAAAAGAUUUCUGCAUCAGCCAAGGACUUGAUUUCCAGUUUGCUAAAUGUGGACCCUCAAAAACGGCCAACUGCUGAUGAGAUUCUUAAACAUCCAUGGGUGAUUGGGGACUCGGCAACAGAACGCCAAAUUGACCCGGAGAUCGUGACGAGGCUACAAAGCUUCAAUGCGAGGCGAAAGUUUCGUGCAGCGGCUAUAGCCAGCAUGUAUACAUGCACUGUUUUCUUGAGAACAAAGAAGCUCAAGAACCUGGUGGGAUCUUAUGAUUUGAACCAAGAUGAGCUUCAAAAUCUUCGGAAUCACUUCAAGACAUUAUGUGCGGAUGGCGAAAACGCGACUCUUAGUGAGUUUCAAGAGGUUCUAAAAGCCAUGAAAAUGACAUCACUAAUACCUCUAGCCGGGCGAAUCUUCGACCUCUUUGACAAUAAUCGCGAUGGCACCGUUGAUAUGAGGGAGAUACUUUGCGGAUUCUCGAGCCUGAAAAAUCUCAAAGGAGAAGAUGCUCUUCGUCUCUGUUUCCAGAUGUAUGAUGCGGAUGGGUCCGGGUGCAUCAGCAAGGAGGAAGUGGCGUCUAUGCUUCGGGCGUUGCCGGAUGAGUGUUUAAGGAUAGAUAUGACGGAGCCAGGAAAGCUAGAUGAGAUAUUUGAUCACAUGGAUGCGAAUAGUGAUGGGAAAGUAACGUUUGAUGAAUUCAAAGCCGCUAUGCAAAAAGAUAGCUCAUUACAGGAUGUUGUUCUUUCCUCAAUUUGUCCUAAUUAACUCUUUCUUCAAAACUAAAUUUAUAUAUUAUUAUUAUUAUUCUAUUCUAUUCUAUUCUAUAUACAUACAAUUAGAAAA